GUCUGUGGGUGUUUGAAUGAUUUGAAGGGUAAUUAGGGUUUCUGAUCGACUCUAAUCCGCCUCUUCUAUCAGUAUCGCUUGGUUCGAUCGUCAAUGGCUUCCGAAGAAAUGGAAUCUAGGGUUUGCAUAAACGUGAGCCUGAGGGACGACGAGCUUCGAGCGAUACUGGCGAAGCUGGAGAGCGACAAGGACAAGGAAGUGUUCGGACUGGUGUGCAAGAGGUGGCUGCAUUUGCAGAGCACUGAAAGGAAGAAGCUCUGCGCGCGUGCUGGACCCCACUUGCUUCGGAAGAUGGCUGCAAGGUUCACUGCCCUCCACGAGUUGGACCUCUCUCAGUCCCUUUCCAGAUCCUUCUAUCCGGGGGUCAUCGACUCCGAUCUCUCCGUCAUCGCCAAUGGCUUCACUGGCUUGCGUGUGCUCAAUUUGCAGAAUUGCAAAGGUAUCACGGAUACUGGAAUGGCGGCGAUCGGAUGUGGUCUUUCAUCUCUACAGUCCUUAGAUGUAACCAACUGCAGAAAGCUGACAGAUAAGGGAUUGUCUGCUGUUGCUGAGGGCUGUCCUGAUCUGAGAAGCUUGCAUCUUGCCGGCUGUAAAUUUGUUACAGAUGCAACAUUACAAGUUCUUUCCAAGAACUGUCAUAAAUUAGAAGAAUUGGGGCUGCAAGGAUGCACCAACAUAACUGACUCUGGACUCACUGUUCUUGUUAGUGGUUGUCAACUGAUGGAGCACUUAGACAUUAACAAAUGCAGAAAUAUUGGAGAUACUGGGAUAUCCAAUGUAUCCAAAGCCUGUUCAUAUUCUCUGAAGACACUGAAGUUGUUGGAUUGCGAUAAAGUUGGAGAUGAAUCCAUAUUAUCCUUGGCCAAAUUCUGUAAAAAUCUCGAGACUCUUAUCAUUGGUGGCUGCCGGGACGUAUCUGAUGAGCCCAUAAAGUCAUUGGCCGCUGCUUGUAAUCACACUCUGAAGAAACUGCGGAUGGACUGGUGUUUAAACGUUUCUGAUUCUUCAUUGAACUGCAUCCUCUCUCAAUGUAGAAAUCUAGAGGUUCUUGACAUUGGGUGCUGUGAGGAGGUGACGGAUGCUGCUUUUCAUGGUUUGAGCAAUGGAGGUUUUGAGUUGGGUUUGAAAGUUUUGAAGGCCAGCAACUGCCCGAAGAUCACGGUGGUUGGGAUAGGCAUGCUUUUGGAGUUAUGCAACUAUCUUGAAUACCUUGAUGUGCGGUCAUGCCCACAUGUUACGAAGGCGGGUUGUGAUGAGGCUGGGUUGCAGUUUCCUGAAUAUUGUAAAGUGAAUUUUGCUGGGAAUUUAGCUGAGGAUGUGUUAUUAUGAGAAUAAGGUUGGAAUAUUGUGAUAAUACACCAAUAUUCUUCUCAAAGAACAUUCAAGGAUUACUGCAACAAAUGGAGAAGAGGGCUGCUUCUACUUGAUGUUCUCCUCUCUUUUUCAUGUCCAUGUUAUAUAUUAGUUUGGGAUUCGCAGAAUGUGUGGCUUCUGUUUCAUAUUUAUCACCCGAAAUGUGUAUAUGAUUCAUGUACAUUGGUUUUCAAUUUUUUCCCUGUUGGUUUUUCUUAUGUUAGAUUGUGGAAAGAACUUGUGUUUUAGUUCAGUUAAUAAAGCUAGUGUCCCAAUUUGGAAAAUUUCAGUUUAUAUGCAGAAUUGAAGUCUAAUUUCGAAUCA